AUGGUUUACCCCUCUCGACCGUUACUCAGAAUAUAUAGUCCACGAUCACUACAUCACUACUAAAUCGGAAAGUAUUCUGUGAUUUAAAAGUUUCAGGCGCCAACGCUUAGUGCUGAUGUGCAUUGGCGUUUAAAGAUAAAUGUGAUUCCCACAAAUGAAGAUGGAAAAAUCCACCAAGUUCAAGAAACUGACAUUUAUACAGGAAAUUCCAGUAUGAUCACCCAAACUUCAAGACUAUUUUGAAGAUGAUGAGUGAGUGCAACAUCAUUAAAUACGCUGCUUAUCGAACAGCUGCCAAGUUACGAGUCUUGCAGAGAGCCCUUCACAUGGACACCCUACGACUUGGGCUGAUUGCAGGAGUAUUUGACAGGCAUCACUUGCAAGUCACAGAAAAUGGAGUUAUCCUUGAGUACAGUGAACUGGAAGCUGUAAUUUUUGACAUCUUUUUUGCUGCUCAGAAAGAAAAUCUGUCCCGCAUAGACGUGGAUCUGACUACAGAACUCAUGCUGAACUUGCUGUUCAGUGUUUAUGAUGGAAAGCACAGUGGCUCACUAAAGGUGCUCCCAGUGAAGGUAGCACUGACUGUUUUGAGCUCAGCUGACCUACAAAAGAAGUACCAGUACCUGUUCAGUCAACUGGCAGACCACAACAACUGCAUCUCCAGCAACAAGUUUGAGACCCUGCUCAAGAACCUCACAUGUAUCACCGAGUAUCUCAAUGAGUCCACUGCAUUUGGCUCCAAGUUCAUCACUUCAGCAGUGGAGAGCUGUUUCCAGCAGUCACAGGGAACAUUAGGUAUAACAGAGAACAUGUUCAUCGGUUGGCUGCUCAGUGAACCCCAGCUGCUAGUAUGGCUCUCAACAAUGUAUCGUAUGCAGGUGGCAGAAACAGUGAGUCACAGUGUGAAGUGCAGUGCUUGUAAGGUGUACCCUGUCAUGGGGCUGCGGUACCAGUGUCUGGACUGUCUCUGCUACAACCUGUGUCAGACUUGUUUCUUCAUGGGCAAGGUUAGCAAGAGGCACAAGCUGAGGCACCCAAUGCAGGAGCAUUGUUACGAGACAUCAUCCAGAGAGACGACAUUUGCUUUUCUUAAAAUACUCAAGAACAAGUUGUGUGGAAAUUCGUCAAAACUGCAGUACAUCUCAGUGCAGCCUUAUGAUGUGGUUUUUGAAAGCAGUCACAGUGGAGAUGAUGUGUUGCUUACCCCAAGCUGCAUGCACAGUGGGGAGGGUGAGUCUGACGUCUCCACCCCAACAAUCAUUCAUAGCACCAAGGACAUUCAGCCACAGAAGGAGUUACAGAAUAUCAUCAGCCAACUGGAAGAAGAAAACAGGCGUGUCCAGCAGACUGUUGAGCAGCUGAGUGGGAAGGAGGACACAAGUGAUAUGUGUGAGCGUCUUCGAUAUCAUUACAUCCAUGUGGGAACCCAAGUGCAGCGGCUCAAACUACUCAAGUACUAUUUACUGGAGAGAUCCCCCUAUCAGCUGGAACAUCUGCAGAGCACACCUCUCCUGUCAGCCACACAGCAAUACAGAGAAACCUCAUGCUUUGAAGACAUCAGUCCAAUCACCAAAGAGACAGAAGACAACAAACAAUUGGCUGGAAUGAGGGAGUUGCAGCUCCUCACAUGGCAGAUGAAAAAUGACAGGCAGACCAAUGAGAGUGAUAGUGAUGAGACAACUGUAGAAGUCAACAAUGUCAUCUCUACAGUGCUACCCUCAGUGUCAGAUGUGUCAGUAAGAGACCUCAGUACAUGGGUGGCUGGGAGAACUCUUGACAGAGCAGAAGAUAAAGACCCAAGUACAUUUUCUACCUGGGUGCCAGAAUGCUGCCACAGUGACCCAAAACAAAAGCUGAAGGAGCUGCAUGGAGAUCUGGAUGCAACACUUCAGAAACUGCAGGAAAUCCUGGCUUCAAAUUUCUUACUAGAAGAAUCCUUCAGCAGCAGAGACAACACUCAGCUUCAGCAAGGUGCACAGGAGGUGGAGGACUUGAUCACAGGUCUAAUCAGGAGUGUUGAAAGUCAGAAGACAUCUUGAAUCUGCUGAACAUGCACAGUAUUGACAUUACUGUCUUCUGGCACAUGAUUGCAUCUAGUUUGGUACAGUGAUACCAUCAUUUAACGAAAUGGAGGCAGCGAGUUCCUCUAGAACUGGCAGCUUACUUGGCAUCACAUCCCAGACCACAGCAGCAAUCUUCAUGGCCACUACCAUGAGAACGUCAGUUCUCACUUGCAUAGUAUUAUCUUGAGUUAUAUGUUGUGUGAUACAGAAAACUGUUAUAUUUUUAUGUAGGAUGUAAUUUGUAAUAAAAUAGAGGAAUUUGAGAAUCACAA